AUGAGCUUCAGUACCACCACCGGGGGCAGCCAAACCUCUAGAGCGGCGUUUGAAUUUGGGAGGACUCAUGUUGUCAGGCCGAAAGGGAGGCACCAAGCAACAAUAGUUUGGCUCCAUGGCCUGGGUGAUAAUGGCUCGAGUUGGUCACAGCUCUUGGAAGGCCUUCCCCUUCCGAAUAUCAAGUGGAUCUGCCCAACUGCUCCUACUCGUCCACUGUCUCUGUUUGGUGGAUUUCCUUCCACUGCUUGGUUUGAUGUACAAGACCUUUCUGAGAAUGCACCUGAUGAUGUUGAAGGAUUGGAUGCUUCAGCUGCACAUGUUGCGAAUCUCUUGUCAACCGAGCCUGCUGAUAUCAAAUUGGGUAUUGGAGGGUUUAGUAUGGGUGCAGCAACUGCUCUAUACUCGGCCACUUGUCACGUUUUUAGUCAAUAUGGGAACACUAACCCAUACCUGGUUAACCUAAGCUCCGUAGUCGGCCUCAGCGGCUGGCUUCCAUGUGCCAGGACACUAAAGAACCGAAUCCAAGAAUCAAGUGAGGCUGCAGAGCGUGCAGCAUCAUUGCCCAUUUUACUAUGUCACGGCACUGGGGAUGAUGUAGUUGCGUAUAAACAUGGAGAGAAAUCUGCGAGUGUCCUGACUUCAGCCGGGUUUCAGAGCGGCACGUUUAAAUCAUACAACGGGAUGGGUCAUUACACCAUUCCUGAAGAGAUGGAUGAAGUUUGCCGUUGGUUGUCGACAAAAUUGGGGCUUCAAGGAUAG